AUGGCGGUGGACCCAGUUCUGGCGGCUCCAGGAACAGUGAUAUCCAACAAGGUCCUGCCCUUGCCACAGGCCAAUCAAGCGCCGGACUUUGGAACGCACAAGCUCUAUGUCAAGAAACUGGAUCAGUACCUCCAGGAUGUUGAGAGUCACCCACGGGAGUUCGAGACGGCGGUGGCGGCAAGACGCGCAACGUUCAACCAUUUCUCUAAGAUGAUGUUGUGA